AAUCGAGCCGAAGGACAUAUUCAGCCAGCCAAUUACUUGUCAUUUCGAAGGGCGGAAUUUUCAGCGCCAAAAUCUUCGAAAUCAGUUAAAAAAUCUCCAAAAUUACAAAAGACUACACCACCUUUAUCUGCUAAUAAAAAAACCAUUAAGUUCCCUGUUGACGGAAAGUUGAACAUUCAAAUUGAAGAUCUGAAAAAAGAAAAACUAAGAAUCUUCUCCAAAAUGACAUCGAUUCAACAGAAGAUUAUAAAAUCCCUAGAUGAAUUGAGAAUAAGUCUGGUUGAAAUAUCUUUGCCGGAUAGUGAAGCAGAAAAGAAAAUUCGAGAAAGAAAUGCUUUAGAAUUUGCUGUUCGAUUUUCUCGAAAUUAUUUAUUUCCUCUUGGAAAAAUGAUUGAUGAUCUUCAAUUAUCACCUAAAGAAGAAUAUCGCAGUGCCUUAACAAAUGAACCAUGCGUAAAAGUUUGUGGAAUUUUUGGUUUGCUUUGUCAAGCUGUUCAGUGUUAUCAGAAACAACUUCGUCAUUUCUUCACUGAUAGUUUUCCAAAGAAACUUGAUAAACUCUUGAAUUUAAUAAAAGACUCAAUUAAUAUUUGUUUGGAAAAGCAAAUAUUUGACAAGAGAGAUUAUUUAAUUCAAUCAUUGCUAUCGCGAUGUGAAAUAUUUUUGGAAUUUGUCAUGGAAUUUGCUGAAAAGAAGAAAAGUGCUAGAACUCAAGAAAAGGCUUUACAAUCAGAUCGAAUGAGCCGAUACAAAUUGCCCAAGACUUCAUCGAAAUGGGACUUAACAAUGAAUUUAAAUAACCUCAAUAUGUAUGAACCAAAACUUGUUCAAAAAAAGACGAAAAAGAGUCUUCAAAAGAAAACAUAGGAAUCAAUUCGUCAAAAAGGUACCCCGAAACAAAAGAAACCUAAUGUUAUUCCUAAAGGCAGUACUGAUCAUGUUGCUUUGCCCAUUGAAGACCCUAUUGAAACUCAAGUCCGAAAAGAUAACUACGUUGAUAGUGUACAACUAAUAAAUGAUGCAAUUGCAGAACAACCAGAUAGUGAUUUAGCAAAAGCUGUAAUUGAAACUCUGCAAGAUAUUACAAAAGAUGAAGUUCAUCAAAUGUUUGGACCAAUUGUAUCAAAUUUAGAUUCGAUAUUAAAUUCAUCGGAUAAUCCACAGAUAACCGUUGAAUCAGUUCUUAAUGUCCUUAAAUCAAAAUUUCAACUGGCAAAGGAUAAUCAGCUAAAAAUCGAUGAUAUCGCUACUGAAAAUAUCACACAAAAUAAUAAUAACACGUAUCAGAAAGAGGUGACCAAAAAAGGUACACACUCUAGCAGAAACAAGCAGCAGAAUCAGCAGCAACAACAGCAGUUUAAAGAAACCCGACAAAAUAUUGUAUCUAAAACUAAGACUAAAGUAACGAGUUGCAGAAGUAAGAACGUCAAGGAAGACAGUACGGAACAAACUGAAAGGCACAAUUCUCGCAGUGAACUUACGGACUCCAACACCAUAUGCGAUAAACAAUCACUACGGAGAAACAUCGACGCCGACAUCGCCGCGGCCGUCUCCGUCGCUGCCGCCGCCGCUACUUUUGUUAGCGAAAACAAUUCGAUGAAACAACAGAAAACAACAACUAACAGUGGAGCUUUUCUCUCAGCCAUAGCCGCGGCGGCGAAAAAACCUACACCGGCAUCAGAUACAAAAAAUAAUGAAGUUGGUGGGAUAGCAGCAGCGGCAGCGGCAGCUCUACCACCAACAUCGAACAUAUCAAAAGUUAAAUUAGAUGACGUAAUGCCACAACCACUACGAAAAUCAUCGGUAGUUAUAAUGACGUCAGAGUCAGCUACUGAUAAUAUGCCGGUGGGGCUGCCUCGGUUAGAUAAAUUCGUCUCCGAAAGUCAUCAUAAAAUCAUUGGAGAUGGAAAACAUAGAAAAGAAGAUGCUGCUUCUCAGCGAAAUGUGAGAGAUGGCGCCGCCAACGCAAUUGAUAGAGCUGAAGACAACCAAGAGGCUUGGCGAAAGAAUCUUCCGGCGGCGGCGGCAGUAUCGUCACCAGUUAGGAAUGAGCCAACCAAGUCGGGUGAAAUGGAAAAACUGAUGUACAGAAAAAAUGCUCUCUACACCUUCAUAAAAUAUUUGGAAAGUGGUCCAACUUCUCAAAAUAAACAGGACGAGACUGAAAAUUUAAACGACAAUCUAGAGAAUCUACAUAUUUCGAACGAAGACAAAACACAGGAGGAAGAUGAUGAAAUACAACAAGAAAAAGAAGAUAAUUUAGAAAACGUUAAUAAGUUCAAUCCACAUUUAGCCAAAUGUAAUUGUGGUGAAAAACAACUAAAAGAACAACUUCAAAAUGAAACUGAUAUAAAAGCAAUCCUUGAUGAGCGAAAUGCUUUCAUUAAACGAUGCAAAAAUGAUCCAUUUUACAAUAAUCCACAAUUUCCUCAGCCUUGGAAGGUUCUUUCAAAAAUAUCUAAGGUAAUAGCACAUGAAAUCGUUGACAAUUUCGAGAAUGAUUUAUCUUUCGGAGAAGAAUCUUAUGUUCGAGACUUUAUUAAUAUGGAAACACAGAAUUAAUACAAAUACAUAAUUUGUUUUCUUUUGUUAAAAUUUAAUUGGUUUUAAAUAAAUAAAAAAUAAUAAAAAUAUAA